UAGCAAGUCGGCUGAAUGCAAAAAAAACUGCCCCACGUUUGCCCGCCCGCCUCCAUUCUGCAACCGCUGCAACUGGCUGGGUUUAGCUCAUCAAGAACGCAUUGGUUCCUCUCCACAAAACACCCAACGAGCAGAGAGACACACAGGCACAUACAGACAUCCAGCCCAUAACUUACCUACUUGCAGUGCUUAUCCCCUUGCUGUGUCCCCGGAACCCUUAACCCAAGCCCCCUAACCUCCCUGAACGAUGGCGCCUACGCAACUCCCCGAAUCCGGGAACCCGCUCGUCUUCUUCGACAUCACCCUCGGAGGCGAGCCACUCGGCCGCAUCACCUUUGAGCUCUUCAAAGAUGUUGUUCCCAAGACAGCCGAGAACUUCCGCCAGUUCUGCACGGGCGAGUCCAAGAACUCCGCAAGCCGGCCUCAGGGCUACAAGGGAUCCAAGUUCCACCGCAUAAUCCCCAACUUCAUGUGCCAGGGUGGCGAUUUCCUCAACGGCGAUGGAACUGGAUCAACCUGUAUCUGGGGCUUCAAGGCCUUUGAUGACGAGAACUUUAUUCUCAAGCACGACCAGCCCGGUCUGCUCUCUAUGGCGAACGCCGGCCCCAACUCUAACGGCUCCCAAUUCUUCAUCACCACCGUCCCUACGCCCUUCCUCGACAACAAGCACGUCGUCUUCGGCAAGGUCGUCGACGGCAUGGAUGUCGUCAAGAAGAUGGAGGCUACCAAGACCGGCUACCGCGGCAAGGACGUGCCCAACCUCGACGUUACCAUUGCCCAGAGCGGCGAGAUGUAGAUGGCCGAUACAGGCUAUUGAUUGAUCACCGUUUAACGGAUCAGAAAAGAAUACGAAAAGGGGUUUAGGUGGA